AUGUCCAGCGGUACCGACGUCCUCGAUCAUCAGCCCGGUGGAGGACACCCCCGUCUCUGUCUGACGUCUCUGUGUGUCUCUGCAGCCGCUGAUGGUUCUGAGCAGAACCAGCUGAGUCAGUCCGACCACGGAGCCUGGACCACCGCCAUGAACAACCUGGGCAUCAUGCCGGUGGGACUCAACGGGCAGCAGCUGGUGUCAGACUCUCUGUGUCUCCAGAGGUUCGACCCCGGACUGGGUCUCAUGGCUCCCAUUAACCCCCUGAUGGCCGGCAUCAGCCUGGUGCCCCCCCGCCCGUCCCCCGACAUGCCGGUCGUCAAGGAGAUCAUCCACAGCCAGAGCUGCACGCUGUUCCCGCAGAACCCCAACCUUCCCCCUCCAUCGACGAGGGAGCGCCCCCCCGGCUGUAAGACGGUGUUCGUCGGCGGUCUGCCGGAGAACGCCACGGAGGAGAUCAUCAGAGAAGUGUUCGACCCGUGUGGAGAAAUGAUCGCCAUCCGCAAAAGCAAGAAGAACUUCUGCCACAUCCGCUUCAGUGAGGAGUUCAUGGUGGACAAGGCUCUGUACCUGUCAGGGUACCGGAUGCGGAUCGGCUCCAGCACCGAUAAGAAGGACUCGGGGAGGAUCCACGUGGACUUCGCUCAGGCCCGAGACGACCUGUACGAGUGGGAGUGUCAGCAGCGCCUCCUCGCCCGAGAGGAGCGACACCGCCGCAAGAUCCACGAGGACCGGCUCAGACCGCCGUCUCCUCCUCCCAUAGUGCACUUCUCUGAGCACGAGGCCGCCACGUUGGCAGAGAGACUGAAAGAAGACCAUAAAUUCAGCGAGGCGACGGCGGUGCUGUUCACCUGGAUCGACCGCGGCGAAGUCAACCGCCGGACCGCCAAUCACUUCUACUCCAUGAUCCAGUCGGCCAACAGCCACGUCCGGCGGCUGAUGAGUGAGAAGGCUCAGCACGAGGAGGAGAUGGAGAGAGCCAAAGAGAUCUUCAAGAACGCCCUGCUGGCCAUCCUGAACCAGUUCGAGCAGAUCACCGCCGUUUUCACCGCCGCCACCAGACAAAAGGCGUGGGACCAUUUCUCAAAAGCUCAGCGCAAGAACAUAGACAUUUGGAGAAAGCAGUGUGAGGAGCUGAGGAACGCUCACAGUGAGGAGAUCAUGGGCAUCAGACGGGAGGAGGAGAUGGAGAUGUCCGACGACGAUGAAGACGAGAAUCCCUGUAAGAGGCUUCGGACCGAGGAGAACGGAUCAUGUGAUCAGACCCAGGCGUCUCUGAAGGAGGAGAACGACUCCCUGCGUUGGCAGUUGGAGGCGUACAGGAACGAGGUGGAGCUGCUGAGGAUGGAGCAGAGAGGAGGAGUCCGACAGGAUGAGGAUCAGAUCCAGCUCCUUCAGAAGAACCUGCUCCUCAUGCAGCAGCAACUCCUGAGUCUGCAGGAGCAGCUGAGGAGUAAAGAGGCGGAGCUGGAGGAGGCCAGAGAGGAGCACCGCUACCUGGAGGGCGUGGCCUCCCUGAGAGACCAGCUGCUGAGUAACGGAGACGUUGUGGAGGGAACCAACGGAGAGCUCCAUGAAACGGCGAUGAACGGGUGUGUUCCCUCGUCGUUCCUCAGCAGAGAGAGGAGGAGUGAGGUCGUCAUGAGAGGAGCCGUGGCGUCACAGAAGGAGGCUCUGCUGCUGGGCGUCAUCUCCACCUUCCUCCAUGUUCAUCCGUUUGGAGCCAACCUGGAGUAUCUGUGGUCCUACAUCCAGAGACUGGACUCUAAGGUGUCUGCGGUGGACCUGGAGCGUCUCAUGGUUCGUCUCCCCAGCAUGUUCAAACAGGAGCUGAGUGGCGUCGGAGCGACUCUGGAGAAACGAUGGAAGUUCUGCGGCUUCGACAGCCUCGGAUCAGCGUGA